AUCCUGCUCUCAUGUGUACAGAUCGUGGCUGGGGUGAACUACUUCUUGGAUGUGAAGAUCAGCCGAACCACAUGUACCAAGUCCCAGUCCAACUUGGCCAACUGUCCUUUCCAUAACCAGCCACAACUGAAGAGGACGGUGCUCUGCUCUUUCCAGAUCUACACUGUUCCCUGGGAGGGCAAAAUCUCCCUGACAAAAUCCAGCUGUCAGAAUGCCUAAGAGUCUGUGCCAGGCUGGGCCACCCUGACUGCCUCUUCCCGGCCCCCUUGUAAUUCUCCCAAUGCUUAGAUUGGUGGCCCGCACCCUGGUGGAAGUCUUCCCAUGCUCCAGUACCAUGAGACAAAUAGAGAUGGUAUCCUGAGGCAUUUGUGAGCAGCCAAGUGGCUCUACCCCGGUCCUUCCUUCUCACUGCCUGUCACAUACACCGGCACGUGGUGCAUAAGCACUGCUCCACCCUCCUCAAUAAAAAAGUAGCAUCGUUC